AUGGGUGCCGUGUUUUCACGAUUUCAACCAAAGGCAGAGGACAAUUAUGAAAAAAUCUUGUCUGAGCUCGACGAAAAAAUUCGCAGAGCCGAGAUUCGCCUUCGCGAAAUAAGAAUUAGAGAACGCAAUGCAUUGAUAAUUUUGAUCGUAUACUCAUUAAUAGCCUAUGUCACUUAUGUAGCAGGUUAUUGGUAUUUUGUAUAUAUGUCUACCGAAGAAGAAGGUUGGGACUUAUUGAAAUUGGCACCUGUAUUCACAGGUCCCUUUCUCAUAGUGAUUGGUUAUAAAUUUGAGACUUUAUGGUAUAGACGGAAAGAGGCUAAUGAACAAGCCCAACUUGAACAACUUAAAGCAAAACAAAAGCUCAAAAUUGAGGAGUUAAAGAAGAAGACGGCUUAUUAUAUUACAAAGAACUUGUUGGAGCGUUACGAUUCCCCUAAAGAAACACAUCAACCGAAUUUACCUCUACCGCAAGGACAGAAAGGACUUGUUCCAAGGCCGGUUCAGCCGGUCAAUCCUAACAUGAGGCAACCUUUAUCGCCCAAUCCUCAAGCAAUACUUACAUCAAGGGAAGUCAAGGGAGAGAAAGCCGAUAUGACACCACUUAGCGGGAAUGAUGCUUCGCGCCCAAACAAUUAUUCUCCAAAUUCAAUAACACCUGUCCAACGACAUUGGUACGAUAAAUUAGUGGACGUGCUCGUCGGUGAAGAUGAACAAAAGUAUGCUUUGAUUUGUCAGAACUGUUUCACCUGGAAUGGGUUGGCGUUUCCUACGGAAUUUGAAGAUGUCCAAUAUUUUUGCAAAAAAUGCAAUCAUUUCAAUCCUUCUCGGAGAAGCCAACGCAAUGGUAUCACCUCCCUUGACGUCCUACCGAGUAUUUCCAGUAUUUCUAAUGGAACCAAUAAUAUUAACAGCAGCAAUGGGGAUACAUUUAGCAUGGGCAAUAGUGGACUAAAUGAUAUCACGACUCCGACUCCGAGAAGGGGCCGUUCAACCACACCAAAGCCUAUGAGUAGAAAUUCCUCUUCCGACCCUGAGAAAUCCGUUGAAAAAGAUGAUUAUGACGACGACGGAGUAGCUGUUAGUAAAAGGUUAGCAUCCAGGUCAACCAGUAGGAGAAGGAGGAGCAGUCGAAGUCAAAAUAGACUUGCCAAUCGUCAAGGAAGUGAUGAUGAUGCUAAACCAUACGUCCUAGAUAACGACAAUAUUAACGAUCGCGAAGAAUGA